AUGAUGGACAGCCGCAUCCUGGAGCAUCCUCAUGCCCAGUUCGGGGGGAUGGUGGGCUUCCCUUACCCGCUCGGGCACCACCACGUCUACGAGCUGGCCGGGCACCAGCUGCAGUCGGCGGCCGCCUCCGUGCCCUUCUCCAUCGAUGGAUUACUGAGCGGCUCCUGCGCCGCCUCCGUGGUCAACCCGGCGCCGCUGAUCCCCUCGGGCUGCGGGGUGAGCGGGGACAGCCAGCCCUUCAAGCUCGCAGACUCGGGUGACCCGGACAAGGAAAGUCCUGGCUGUAAAAGAAGACGAACCCGCACCAAUUUUACUGGCUGGCAGCUCGAGGAGCUGGAAAAGGCGUUUAAUGAGAGUCAUUACCCGGACGUGUUUAUGAGAGAGGCUCUGGCUCUCAGGCUAGACUUGGUGGAGUCCAGAGUGCAGGUCUGGUUCCAAAACCGCCGGGCCAAAUGGAGAAAGAAAGAGAACACGAAGAAGGGCCCGGGGCGGCCGGCUCACAACUCCCACCCCACGACGUGCAGCGGGGAGCCCAUGGACCCCGAGGAGAUCGCCCGGAAGGAGCUGGAGAAGAUGGAGAAGAAGAAGAGAAAGCAUGAGAAGAAGCUGCUCAAAAGCCAAAGCCGCCACCCGCACUCUCCCAGCGCCCUCUCCCUCCACAGCACGCCCAGCUCCGACAGCGACAGCGGCGGCGGGGGGGGCCUCUCGCCCGCCCCGCCUGAGGCCAAACCCCGCGGGCAGCCCCCGCCGCCCCAUCCGCCGCUCCCCGCCGCCGCCGCCCCCUCCGAGCCGCCCCCCGGCACCUGCGACCAGACGGCCGAGCCCUUCUACCCCAGCCAAAGAAGCGGGAGCGGGCGGCUCCAGCGCCCGCCCGACAAGGACUGCGCGGCCGCCCCGUCGGGGGACGGCAGCGGAGGCGCGGGGGGACCCCGCGGCGCCGGCAGCUUCCACAAGCUCAACCCGUUCAGCGUGGAGAGCCUCCUGUCCGACUCACCCCCCCGCCGCAAGGCCGCCCCGGACUUCCCCAGCCUGCCCCCCUGCGCCCCCCGCACCCUCAUCGGCAAAGGACACUUCUUGCUCUACCCCAUCACCCAGCCCCUGGGCUUCCUCGUCCCGCAGACCGCCCUCAAGGCCAGCCCGGGCCCCGAGGCCGGCCAGCCCCCCCGGGACUCCCCGCUGCCCGCCGCCAACCCCGGCCCGCCCGGCUGCGGUGCGGAGCCGGCCCCCGCGGGCGCUCAGCCCGGGCCCGGCUCCACGGACACGGCAGCGGGCUCGGUGCCCCCCGCGCCGGCCGGAGCCUCGCCGCGCUCCGCGGCCGCGCACGGGGACCCGGCGGCGGCCGCCCCCGCGGAGGGCGGCAGCUUCCCCCGGCCGGAGUCGCCGGUCCGGGCGCGGGACGCCAGCACAGCCAGGGACAGAUCGGACUGCGGCCCCGCCGACGGCGAGGAGGUGGACAUGGACUGACCGGGCGGCCAAAAAAAAAAAAAAAAAAAAGAAAAGAAAAAAGGCAAAACAAAACAAAUAAAAAAAUUGAAACAAAAGUAAAAUAGAAAAAAAAAAUUUAAAAAAAGAGACAAAAAUAAAAGCAGCCGAGAACGUCACCGCCACCCCCCGCGCUCGUCACCCGUGAGAAACGGGGCAAGCGCUUCCCCGCUCGCCCCACGCACGCAGCGCCCGCGGCCCGCGGGAGGCGGCGGCACAGCCGAGAGAGCGGCUCUUCGUCUCCCUAGAGUUUAUCACAGGUCGAUUCAGGUGAUCAGUUAGAGCUUUUUGGGUUUUAUAUUUAAAGGGAAAAAAAAAAGAAAACGGGGUUAAAAAAAAAAAAAAAAAAAAAAAAGGAAAUUGUUUGUUAAGACGUAGCAGCAGCUGGACUUUGUGGUGUGACAAACUGUACCGCGACAACAACGGAACUCCUCAGAACCCUUGUAAAAUGCAAAAAUGUCUAAGAAUAUUUAUAUAUGUAAAAUUUUUGAUAAAUAAAGGCUCUAAAACUCGCUGCCGCCUGGUCUGGCUGUGUGACUCUUCCCUCUCUUUUAACAUUUUUUCCCCCUUUUAUUUUUUUUCCCCUUUAAGCCCUCUUUGUGUGUGUGCGUGUGUGUGUUUAUUGCUUAACAAAUUUAUUCAUUUAUAGCCUCCUGGUGCCCACCCCUCCCAUCCGAGGUUAGGAGCUGCAGGCUACGGGACCCGGCCAGCUCCUGCAGAGUUUUGAUAUGAAAGUAAUUAUUUUCCCGGUGGCUGCUGCGGGGAUUCAGUUUCUUGCCCAAAGGGUUAUUAUACAUUACCGAUUUCUAGUGAUAUGAAAUCACAUAAACUUCCUACAAUAAUAGAAUUAGCAUGAAAGGCUGGGGUGUCAAAUUGAAAUUGGAAAAUAAUAGCCUCAGCAGCUGGGGGAGUGUGUGUGCAUAUUGGAUCGGAGAUGGGAAUACGUGGGGCGGAAUUUUCAUGAGGUUUUUUCUCUUUGUCAGGCCUCUUGUAGCUGGCUAUAUUAAGAUAGAUGUUC